UACUCUUUUCGAAGUUCCAAAUCUGGACUAUAAGGGCCGGCUAAGCGUCCUUUAUUCCGCCCCGGAGACUUUUCAUUUAUCUAGCUGCCCUAGAGACCAAAGAGCUAGGGAGAGUACGCCCCUUCCCCCACUCCCCGCCCGGCAGCCAAGCCUGGCUUAAAAACCUUCGCCACCGGGCGGCGGAAUUACAAAGGAGGCCGUCUGGCUCCUUUGUCCUGGAUUUGGGAGUUGAGCGCCUUCGUCGCCAUUGGCUUUCCUCCCCCAGCUCCAGCCUCUCUCAUCUUGGGAAUCUGCGUCAGAAGUCACUCGCAGUCCCGCCGGCCCAGUGGCUGCUUCUGAAUGUUAUAUAUAAAAAAAUUAUACUUUACAAGCAACAAGCAUGAAAGCAGGCUACCAGCAAUUUUGAGAGCUUGCAGAAACAGCUUGCAAGGAAAAUGAAGCUCCCUAUUUUCAUAGUAGAUGCAUUCACAGCAAAAGCAUUUCAUGGGAAUCCUGCUGCUGUGUGCCUCCUAGAAAAUAAAUUGGAUGAAGACAUGCAUCAAAAAAUUGCAAAGGAAAUGAAUCUCUCUGAAACUGCUUUUAUCCAAAAACUACACCCAACUGACAACUUUACACAAAGUUCCUGCUUUGGAUUAAGGUGGUUUACACCAGUGAGUGAGGUUCCUCUCUGUGGCCACGCUACCCUGGCUUCUGCAGCUGUGCUGUUUCACAAAAUAAAAAACAUGAAUAGCACCCUAACCUUUGUCACUCUGAGUGGGGAACUAAAGGCCAGAAGAGAAGAGGACGGUAUCGUCCUGGACCUGCCUCUUUAUCCAGCCCAUCCCCAGGACUUCCAUGAAGUGGAGGAAUUGAUAAAGACUGCCAUAGGUGACACACUGGUUCAGGACAUCCGCUAUUCCCCAGAUACCCGAAAGCUCCUGGUCCGGCUCAGUGAUACUUACAACAGGUCGUUUCUGGAGAGCCUGAAAGUGAACACACAGAAUCUGCCGCAAGUGGAAAACACGGGGAAGGUGAAAGGACUCAUUCUCACCAUCAAGGGAGAGCCUGAUGGGCAGACUCAAGCGUUUGACUUUUACUCCAGAUAUUUCACUCCAUGGUUUGGUGUGGCUGAAGACCCCGUAACAGGGUCUGCACAUACUGUUCUCAGCAGCUACUGGUCCCAGCAACUGGGGAAGAAAGCCAUGCACGCCUUUCAGUGUUCCAGCCGGGGAGGAGAAUUGAAGAUUUCCCUGCGUCCUGAUGGACGAGUUGACAUCAAGGGAGGUGCUGCUCUUGUUUUAGAGGGCAUGCUGACGGCCUAGAUGCGCUUGUGCGCGAUGCUGCAAUCUUGACUUACCAAGCAUUUUCCGCGUAGAAAGAAAUGUAAGGGGCUGCUUUGAAUAAAGUUUGCAUAGUAGUCUACUUAAUCCUCACCUUAGACAUAGAACAACAAAGACAUAUUAAUGGAAAUUUAAUAAUGCUUCCUGACUAGUUAACUAAUGGAGUUUUGGCUCUACCUGUGAGUAUAUUUGAAAUGUAAGUAACCAAUAAUGAAGAAUAAUGUUGUCACCUUUGAUUAUGAGCACCAAGCAGAAAAUGAGGAACAAAUUUAUGGGGAGUAAGAUCAAACCAUUUAAGCUUAGGUGUACCAGACAGACUAUUUCGCAGCCAUUGAAAAGACCCAAUAACUAUGAGGAAAUAUAAAAAAAAAAAUUCAUGAUACAAUACCAAGAAAGAAAAUCACAGUAGAGUAUAAACUGUUAGCAAUGUUAUGCUGUGUCUGUGGAGAAUACGAAUUUAUAUAGACAAAGAUGGAUCAUGAAGAUAGAAAAGUGAAAAGAGUUCGCGUGUGGAGGGUAAGAUUGGAGUAAUUUUAAUGUACCUAAAAAGUUAUUUUCUCCAUUGGGACACACUCAUGCUUAAUAACUAAAAAUCAGGACAUGUAACUAAAUAACUAAAAAGCCCAGAAAUUUUUUAAAAUGUAUGUGUGAUAGAGUGGUAGUAAAAUUAAACAUGAAAAGUAA